AUGGCAUCUUUUUCCCGUGCUUUAAGGCCUUUGCUGCGCUCAGCCCCAUCACUUCGUUUGACUUUGGCUUCAACACGCUUAUCUACCUACCAGAGCAGAUAUGCCUUCUCAUCCAGUGCAAGCCAGAGGGAUGUUGAUAUCUCCAGCAUCCCCCCAACACCAAUCUCUCACUUGUCCGAAAUCGAAUCACUAAUGGCCGACUCGGUCUCCAAAUUUGCCCAGGAGCAAAUCGGCCCAAAAGUACGCGACAUGGAUGAGGCUGAGUCUAUGGAUCCUGUGCUGGUAGAGCAGCUCUUUGAACAGGGCCUGAUGGGCAUUGAGAUCCCCGAGGAAUAUGGUGGCGCUGGUAUGAACUUCACCGCGGCUAUCGUGGCCAUCGAGGAGCUGGCUCGCGUUGACCCCAGUGUCAGUGUGAUGGUUGAUGUCCACAACACCUUGGUCAAUACAUCUAUCAUGAAAUACGGUGACGCCUUGUCCCACCGUACUUGGCUACCGAAGCUGAGCACCGGAACCCUUGGCUCGUUCUGUCUCUCUGAACCGGUCUCGGGCUCGGAUGCAUUCGCGCUGCAGACAAAGGCUGAGAAGACCGCGGAUGGCUACAAGAUUAAUGGCUCCAAGAUGUGGAUUACCAAUGCCAUGGAGUCGGGCAUCUUCAUUGUCUUCGCCAAUCUCGACCUGAGUAAGGGAUAUAAGGGUAUCACUGCUUUCAUUAUUGAGAAAGACACACCCGGCUUCUCAAUAGCCAAGAAGGAGAAGAAGCUCGGUAUUCGGGCCAGCAGCACUUGUGUGCUUAACUUUGACGACGUAAUUAUUCCCAAGAGCAACCUGCUGGGCCAGGAAGGUCAAGGCUAUAAGUACGCCAUCAACAUCUUGAACGAGGGCCGCAUCGGUAUUGCCGCUCAGAUGACCGGCCUGGCACUUGGUGCAUGGGAGAAUGCUGCGCGCUAUGUCUGGAACGACCGAAAACAGUUCGGUCAACUAAUUGGUGACUUCCAGGGUAUGCAGCACCAGAUUGCGCAAGCUUAUACCGAGAUUGCCGCCGCACGAGCCCUUGUCUACAAUGCCGCGCGCAAGAAGGAAGCUGGGCAGGAAUUUGUGCAAGAUGCCGCAAUGGCCAAGCUGUACGCCUCGCAGGUCGCAGGUCGUGUGGCUGGCUCUGCAGUGGAGUGGAUGGGUGGUAUGGGCUUCGUGCGUGAGGGAACUGCAGAGAAGAUGUUCCGCGAUAGUAAGAUUGGUGCUAUCUAUGAGGGAACCAGCAACAUUCAGCUGCAGACUAUUGCCAAGUUGUUGCAGAAGCAAUAUACAAACUAG